GCUCACAAUAGAACACAGAGAACACGAGCUAUAUAAUCUUGAAGCAACCCACUCUCCAUUUCUUCCAUCGUGGCCUUCGGCUGUUAAUUCUUUGAUGAGGGUGUUGAAACGCAAAGCUGAGGCCGAGUCCUCCAUGUUCCACUCGCGAGAUCAUUGCUCUAGUAUCGAAGUCCCUUCCAGGCGCGCGCCUAAUUCCGUUCCGAACAGGUAGCCAUUGGAGAUAUGCUGACGAUACUUCUGUUACUUGCUUUGAGGGCUUACUAGCUAAUGAUGUCAACAGUUCGACCCUCUUAUUCAUCCCCGGGGACUUCAGCAAUGCCCAAAUGUCUUUGCCGUGGAUGUCCGUCUACCUAUGCUCGCAGACUUGGAACAAGAACACAACGCAAAUAAGAUUGAGCUCUCGAAUGUUACCAUCCCACCAGCCCUGCUGCGCCCCCUCAAUCCUGUCGUCGAUUCAGGCUCUUCAGCCCGGGGAAGCAGUGGAGUUUAUCGUCACCUGCCAGGGCGUGAUGCAUUCAGGCUACUUGAGAUACUCCCGGACGAUAGUGGCACUCUUCAAUGCAAGCUGCAUGUAUGCAGCUUGAACGAAAGUGAGGCAGCAUACGAGGCUCUAUCUUAUACUUGGGGUAAGCCAGACUCUUCUAGUGACCAAAAGAUCGAGAUUAUUGCCAACGGUGUGAGUCACUCUAUGAUCAUCUCUGGAAACCUGUAUAUAGCAUUACGGGAACUUCGGGGUAUUAAUACCAGUAGAUUGAUAUGGGCGGAUGCCAUCUGUAUCAAUCAGAAAGACGUGGCAGAGAGAGGCCAACAGGUGGCUUUGAUGGGAAGGAUAUUCAACAGCGCCUGGCAGGUCAUUAUCUGGUUGGGAGAGGAGAAAGACAGGUGCUGUUGUGGAAAUACAGUUCUUGAAAGGUCUCUUUCGUCCAUCUCAGAUGGUUUCUCUGAGAUCUGUUCUGUUGUUAAUGAGUGGCUCGCUCAGGCUGGCCACAAGACUGUCGAAGCCACUUACCUUGGCAUCUCUCAAGAUGGCCAAUCUACCGUACAUCAUGCUAAGAUCGACGAUGGAGGAGGCCUCAAUUUUGGAAUGACGGAGCUCUUCCUUCGGCAUUGGUUCUCCCGCAUUUGGGUUUUGCAAGAGGUUGUCCUCGCUAAACAAGCCCUUGUACAACUCGGCUCAUACCAGAUUCCAUGGGAAUGGGUCGGACUCGCAGCAGCUAUCGUUGUUCACAAGAACGAGCUGUCGCCCGGUGGCUUGAACAGACACAUGGUUCCUCCGGGAGCAAUGAACAGUUAUCUCAUGUAUCGACUGUCAGUUUCUCAGAAGUGCCUUCCACGACUAGAAUUCUCAUUCGCUCAAUUACUCCAAGCCACGCGACACUUUGAGAGUAAAGAACCCAAAGAUAAAAUCUAUGGCUUGUUGGGCAUUGAAACAACAGAUUUGCUAGCCACAAGGAUCGUCCCAGAUUAUCGAGAGAUAACGACACCACAGAUGGUUUAUGAGGAUAUCGCGGGACUCAUGCUCGGCGCAGACUCACCUUUAACGUUUCUUUCGGGAGCCGGGCCACUGGGAACCGAUGACCGCCCGGAGCCAUCGUGGGUUCCAAUCUGGCAUGCGCCACGGCGAUGGACAAUGUUACCGACACAGAAGAAUAGAGGCUUCCGAUGUGCAUCUGACGCUAUGAUGGAACUCCACCCCGUUAAAAAAGCCGGAGAGCUGGUCCUCAAGGGCGUAAUCAUCGAUGACGUCUUGUCCAUACAAGAAUCCCGUGAAGAUUGGAACAUGGCGCGUCGAAGAGGCCGCUACGAACUUCUAACUCAGCCGCAGUGGAGCAAGGAAGCGUGGAGAAAAUGUGCCUUGACUCUGACGUGCGGCGGGGACGGGAGAGCAUAUCCCGUUAAUGAUGAGGCUGCGCAGCUUGCUGAUCUGGCUGCCCUGGUACUUUCGAAUAUCCACUGGGUUCUCAGCGAUCUUAUCGCACUGCGAGAUGUUAUCGAGCCCGAAGGCGACAGUAUGACGCAGGCUAAAUAUCUCAAGGAGAUCGCUGAAGGCGGAAAUUCCCGCCGAUAUAUCAGCGCGGUGGAACCUGUUCGUGCUUGUUACAGGUUGUUUAAGACGGCAUCGAAAGACUUUGGGGUUGGGCCUGUUGAUAUGAAGAUCGGGGAUAAACUCUGUGUACUGCUUGGUGCUGAGGUUCCGUUUUUGUUGAGGCCGAAGGGAGGUGGGUACUUGGUUGUUGGGGAGUGCUAUGUCUAUGAUUUGAUGCACGGAGAGGUCCUCGAGAAACUAGCAGCUGAUCCAGAUGGGCAGUUGAAGGCUGAAUGGAUCAAACUCAUCUAGAUUUGUUAUUUGUAGCUAAGACCUGUGGCUGGGAGAUCAAACCAAGAGAGAGAACCUAGAGUUUUCACUUCGUGGGGCGCACUCAAUUCAGUGAGCUUAAUGGUAAUGGUCUACAAAUGAAUCUGACUGAGUUGCAGUUCUCCUGAUUAUCUAUACCAAAUAUUCAGUAACGCCUAUUCCAGCUCAAAGUUAACAUAAACCCGACUCUCCCAGCCCGCAAGCAUCGGCCGUCCCACUUUCAAUCCGCCCGCAGUCUCCCUCGUAUACGCCAUCAACCUCACAUCCUCAUGCGAGCAUCCCAAGACAGUAGGAACAUCCGGGCCAAGUCUAUCCUCUCGACUCAUAUUCAACACAACAACAGCCUUCCUCUUCUCACCCCGUCGUCCCUUAACAGGUGCAACACUCUCUUUCACAUAACAAAACAGCGAUUCAUCUUCAGGAUCUAGAAGUUUGAAAGAACCAAAUACAAAGAUAUCUUGAUAUUCUUUUCGAAGGCGCAGCAUGGCUUUGUAGAAACUGAGAAUGGAGUUUGGGUCUUUGACCUGCUUAGCGACGUUGAUAUCGCGAUAGUCAUCGUGGACUCUCAUCCAUGGCUUCGCAGACGCGUCGGCAAAGCCAGCGUUGGGUGAAUCAUCCCAUUGGAAGGGAAUACGCGAGUGAUCACGCGCCAUGAUUUGAAGACCGUGCAUGGUGUCUCUAACGCGCUUCUCGUCUCCUGACGCGACGGCUUCAGCGUAGAAGUUGCUGCUUUCGAUAUCCUUGUAUUCUUCAAUUCCCCACGACUUGGGCAUGUUGGUCAUGCCAAUUUCUUGUCCUUGGUAUAGGAAUAAAGUGCCCGUGAGCGUCGUUUGCCAGGUAGCCAAAGUCUUUGCUGACUUUAGCCACCACUCUGGCGUUGACGCGUCACCGAAACGGUCGACCGCACGGCCAUUGUCGUGGUUCUCGCAGAAAGCUGUUGCCCACGCGUCUGUACCCUCAAUAAAGCUCUGCCACUUAUACACAAACGCCUUGAGCUUCGAUAACGGGAACGGUUCGUAAAUAUACUUGUCACCAAACCCAUUGCCAUUACCAAGUCUGAUCAUGGAGAACUCAAACACCAUGUCCAACUCUUUCGCAGCGGCUGAGACAUAGGGAAUGACUUGUGAAGGAUUAGGCGUGUUUGAAAGCUCACCCACUGAAACCGCAUUAUAAGGCCCAAGGACUUUCUCAUACAUUUCAUGGAUAAACUCAUGAAUGCGCGGUCCGUUGCACCACAUUUCAGGCGCAGGCUGAUGAGGCGACGAGGGAUCCGUGAUAGGCGCGUCGACAAAGUCUCGCCUCUUGGAGUAUUUGUUAACGGUAUCAAUGCGAAACCCAUCAACGCCGCGAUCAAGCCAAAAGCGCAUAGUAUUUUCGUAAAUCGCUUCUCGACACUCAUCAUUGUCCCAAUUCAAAUCAGGUUGAUCAGGCGCAUAAAGAUGAAGAUAGUAUUCUUGCGUGUGCUCGUCCCAAGUCCACGUCGAGCACGCAAAAUAUCCCCUCCAGUUCGUAGGAGGAUAUCUCACGCCGUUCUCAUCAUACCGCGCUGGUUUCCAGAUAUACCAAUCCCUCUUGGGAUUGUCCUUUGAAGACCUCGAUUCUUUGAACCACUCGUGCUCUAUCGACGUGUGAUUCACAACAAGAUCGAGAAUAAUCUUGAGACCUCGCGCAUGGCAUUCUUUGACGAGAAUAUCGACAUCUUCAACACUGCCGUAGGGUUCGUAGAUUUUUUGAUAGUCUGAGACGUCGUAGCCCAUGUCUUUCUGAGGACUCUCGAAAAUGGGAGAUACCCAUACGACGUCGAUGCCAAGAUCGCUUAGAUAAUCGAGCUUGGAGAUGAGACCGGGUAAAUCGCCCCAGCCGUCGUUGUUGGAGUCUUUGAAGCUGGCUGGGUAGACUUGAUAGAAGGAUGCGGCUUUCCACCAGGGCUGUUUGCCUAUGUAUUGGUGUUCAUCGUCCCAGAUGAUGGAGCCCAUGAUGGCUGGAUGAACGGAGAGGGAGAGAAUAGAAGAGAUGAUGGUAAAAUGGGAGUGAUGGGCUUGGAAUAUUGUUGAGAGGGGAAGACGAGGUGUUUAUUAUUUACCCAUCUUAUCGGCCGACAUCACCCCGUUACUUGUGGAGAUCAGAUCCUUUCUCUGAUCAACGCCGCACAUAACGGACUCUCCGCUCAAACAAUGCAGCGUAACAUUCAUCGCUAUCUCAGCCGAGGCUGCCUCUCACCCCGUCAAUCUACCCUACGACGUCACCCAAAAAUCCUUGCUCGUGUGUGACCAGCGGAGACUCCGCCUUUAGCGCUCCCACCAUCGGAGUCGUUCCGCACUAUUGAUCUCUAGUCCCAAAACAACCAAUUGUUACAAAGAAACAAAUUCUGAAG